AUGUCUUUAUCAGAGAGAGACAGUUCCUAUGAUGGGGAGUUCCAAUUGAGACAUCCCUACGCAGCUUCUUCAGAUCCUAACCUUCGAGCUCUUGUUCCAAUGUGGGACAGCUCUGACCCCGAACGCUGUCCACCUCCACUGCCUAUGAACCCGGGCUCACCAUUGACUUCUCGAGCCGGCACCUCGAGCGCUAUUGCUUCUGCUCACGCCGCGCUUAACGAGCGAGCUCAGCAAAGCGCAAUGGUUCCCGCCAAAAGGAUCGAAUCCCCCACAAAGGGACAUCGCCGGCUGCAGUCUUCAGUCCGUGAUAUCAGCUUGAUGAUUGAGGGUGCUAGUGGUCACAACUCGCCAUCGCGGUCUCCAGAACGUCAACAGCGUCCAGAGACGCCCACCCGAUCUCGAGACCAUGAUAACCGGCCAAGCGACAGUCACUCUACAGUGUCGAGCUCGACACCAGUACCAGGUCCUAGUUUGACACCUAUUAUGCGACCAGCAGCUCGACGUCCACCACCUCAGAGCAUCCUGGGCGAAAACACACCACCGCAAUCAUCUACCAUGCUCGCUCUACAACACAUGAGCUCAACACCUUCAAAAGAAUCAGAAAACCCCCUCUCUGACAUCACAAAUGGCUCGACAGCUAUAUCAAAGGGCCCCCAGAACCUUGAGGCGCUGUCCGACCAAAUUCUCAGCCUGACUAGCAUCGCUACAGGACUUCAAAAGGAAAUGUCUCAGCUGAGUCGACGCAGCAGGGACAACGCCACAGACCUUCUCAGCCUCAAGGAGGCCACAAACUCAAGAGAUGAGGACAUCCGAAAGAGUCUCAGAGAACUUCUAGGGAGCCACGGCAAUGGGAAUGACGGCCAAAACAGGCUCCCUGCAGCUCGCGACCCCUUUGGAGGAUAUUUCCUAGACAACAAGCCACACAAUCUCUCCCCGCCCAGCACAAGGGGGUUCCAGCUCCCUAGAAUUCCUUCCCCCAAGAGCUUUGGCGACUCAAUUGAGCGAGGGUCUAUUAUCAGCACACCCUCCCUCAUUGGCUCAGAGGCCAACUCCUCCCUUGUUCUUCUGGAAAGAAUCAUUCGGGAGAUGGGCACUAAGGAGGGACAAGAGUCUCUUCUUGGUCGACUGCAGGAGGUAUCAAACAAGCUCUCGGGUAUGGCUACAUCUCAGAAGCUGGAUGAAGUCAUUGACCAAGUCAGAGCUCAGUCUGAGCAAGCCAUCAUUUUGGGCAACUCCUUUGGGAGCCCUCGUGCGAGCCGGUCUCGCAACCUCAGCUUUGAAUCAGAGAACAGCAGCAUGCCCAGCCAAGCGAGAAGUGCCGUUUCUCAACGGGUUGAGCACAUCAUGAAAAACGAGGCCCGCAGGAAUUCUGAGCCUUUGGCGAGGGGCUCUGAUAUUCUCAAUGACGAUCUCAUGAGUAUCAUCCGAUCCGUCAAGGACAGCGUCUCUCAAGGUGGUGGUCUCACUGCCGAGGUCAAAGCUCUCGUUCGCGAGCUUCGCGGCGAGGUUUUGGGCAUGGGUCGUGAGAUCGGUAAGCGCCUUGACCAACAAGCAGCGUCUAAGCGAGGCGUUGAAGAUCAUGAUACCCCCAGCAAGGACGAAGUCGCUCGUGUAAUUGAUGAAGGGCUCGAGCAGAUGAAAGACCAGCUCAACCAUGUCCUUCGCGAGCACAGACGCCAAUCAGCUGCUUCAGUCAACACCCAGAAGAGUGCUGUCGACUACCAGGAGAUCUACAAUGCUAUGCGUGCCGCCAUCCAAGAUAACGAGGCGACCAAGAGCAACUUGCCUGACCUGAGCCGCGAAGACGUCAUCGAAGCUGUCAGGGAUGCUUGGGAGAACUACAAGCCUGAGAUUGAGGUUCAACAACUUGGCCUCGAACGCGACGAGGUCUUGUCUUGCUUGAAGCAAGGAAUGCAAGAGUAUUCAGCCCGUGGCGAGCACCCCCCGGCUGCUUCCAGGGACGAUGUUCUCACUGCUGUCGUUGAAGGUCUUCAGCACUAUGUGCCUCCUCAAGUUGACCAGCCCGCCACCCUCUCAAGAGAUGAGAUCAUCGAUGCUGUUCGUGAUUGUCUCGAAGAGUUUGAGUUCCCUGUGGCUCCAGGUGCUGGAGACUUUACACAUGAGGAUAUGGUUGAUGCCGUUAGAGAGGGUCUCCAAGAUCUCGAUGUUCACUCCAGCCGCGCUCUUGUACCAGCUUCUGCUGGCAACAACGAUGAUGUCAGCGAUCGCCUUCGUGAGAUCAUGGAAUACUUGCGCCAGGAGUUCAAGACAUUGUCCGAAGAGUCGAAAGAAAAUGUUGCUGCCACCGGCCGGGAGACUGAGCAAGUCCUCGGUGCUACCAAGGAUGGUUUCGAAAGCCUCCGACAAGCUAUGGAGAGUUAUGUCGACCGUGCUACCGGCGCUGCUGGCCAGGAGGAGUUCAUGGACGAUCUGUUGAAGUCCCUCGAGGACUUUAAGGAUGAGAUGGCUGGAAUUGUCUCAACGACUAACCAGGAAUCGCGCGAGCAGCUCCAGACAGAGCUCGAAGGCCUUCGAGAGAUUGUCAACUCAUCUAUGAUUCCCGCGCCGCCACCUCAAUCGAACAACACCGAGGUCCUUGAGGCUUUGAACACCGGCUUCAACAACUUGAGGCAGGAAGUUCUUCGACCUCGUGCCGAGACAAGUGAGAUCCUGGAUGCCCUCAACGAUGGUCUCAACGAUCUCCGUGCCGGUAUGGACCGAGUCACCAACAAGCCCACUGACUUGACUGCCAACGAUGAGAUCCUCGAUGCCCUCAAGGCUGGCCUCGACUCUGUCCGUGCCGACAUUGAGUCUAUUCGCGAUAGCAGCAACGACCAGGCUGUUGCAACACUUAAUGCCACCCCUACCGCAAAUGAUGAGAUCAUGGAAGCUCUUAAGUCCGGACUCAGUGGUGUUCGAGCAGACUUGGAAGCUCUUCGCGAUAGCCAAACCGAAAAGGCUGUGGCUGUUGCCGAACCCAAGGAGAACGACGAGGUCCUUGAGGCACUGAAGAACGGCCUCGAUGCUCUCCGUGUUGACAUUGAGGCUAUCCGUGAGAAUACUUCUGAGAAGGCUGUUGUAGCUGCUGACACCACAUCCAACGACGAUGUCAUUGCGGCUGUCAAGACCGGACUCGAGUCUUUGCGAGCUGACUUCGAAGCGGUCCGAGACAGCAGCGAGAAGGCUCUUGCCCCUGUCGAUAAGCCCUCUUCCAGCGAUGAGUUCGUCGAAGCCCUGAAGACUGGCCUAGAAUCACUGAGAGUUGACAUUGAAUCUGCUCGCGAGACAAGUGAUCGAUCGGCUCCCGAUGAAAACACUUCGAACGAUGAGGUUAUCGUAACUCUUAAGAACGGUCUUGAUUCGCUACAUGCUGAGAUUGCCGCGCUCGCCAAUCAGGAGAAGCCCGAAGCGUCAGCCGAGAACGCGUCCAGUGACGAGGUCAUCGUGACUAUGAAGAAUGGACUUGAUUCGCUACACGCUGAGAUUGCCGCUCUUGCCAAUAAAGAGAAGGGCGAGGAACCCACUGAGAAUACCUCCAACGACGAGGUCAUCGUGACGCUGAAGAAUGGGCUUGAUUCUCUGCAUGCUGAGAUUGCAGCCCUUGCCAACAAAGAGAAGGUUGAGGAAGUCGCCGAGAAUACCUCCAAUGACGAGGUCAUUGUCACCCUCAAGAACGGACUUGAUCAACUCCACACCGAUAUUGAAGCCAUUGCCGCUGCACAGAAGUCUGCUGCUCCAGUCGAUAACACAACCAACGACGAAGUCAUUGAAGCUCUUAAGAACGGUCUUGACUCUUUGCGCACAGACAUUGAGGCUCUUCAAGAAAACAAUCAGAAGGCACUGGCUCCUGUAACCGAUACGAAGCCUAAUGACGAGGUUCUCGAUGCCCUCAAGACUGGGUUGGAGUCACUUCGCUCCGAUAUCGAGUCUCUCCGCGAUACAAGCAACGACCGAGCCAUCGCUCCUGCUGAGUCACUAUCCGACGAGAAGAUUCUCGAAGCUCUCAAGACUGGCCUUGAAUCCGUUCGCUCCGAUAUCGAAGCUCUUCGGGACAGCAACGGAGAGCGUGCACUUGCUGCCAUCUCAACGGCAAAGUCAGAAGACGGCGAGUCUGGCGAGGGCAUGAAGACAGAUGACGUCAGGAAUCUUGAGGUCCUCAUUGCUGGUCUUGCCAUCAAGAUCGACUCUGUUAAGGCCGAGAAUCAAGGAGUUCAGAAAGACGACCUAUCUCGGAUGGAGGAGCUUCUUCGAACAGUCCAGGACAGUGUUGAUGAGAUUGCCUCUCGUGAGACUCUUACCAGGUCCGUGUCCGUCAAGAAGAAGAAGGAAGAAGGAGCCGAAGAACCUGAGAGUGGGAUCCAAGGCGAUGCCGAGGAGCCAGCCUCAAAGGAGGACAUGCAAGCCAUCGAGACAAUCCUCCGCAAUACCAAGGGCAAGCUCGACGAUCUUAUUGACGGUGAGCAGGCCGUUCGUAAGGAUCAUAUCGAUAAUAUCGAGGCUCUUCUGCUCGAGACACGGGAGACUAUGGGAUCUCUCACUACUCAGCUAGAGACCGUCUCACGCAAGGAGGAAGUCACUGCAUUGGAGGCACUCCUCACUCAAGUUUCCACUGGCCUGGACGAGAUCAAGGACCAGGCCACCAAGGAAAGCGAGAAUCCCGACAAGGUUUCCAAGGGAGAUGUCGAGGCUGUUGAGGCCUUGACUCUUGAGAUCAAGACUGCCCUCGAGGGCUUCACUGGCACUGACCUUGCUCUCCUAGCUCGCAAGGACGACGUCAGCAACCUGGAGGCUCUUCUCAUCAAGAAGGAAGAUAUUGCUGGCCUCGAAACUAUUGUCAAGGAGUUCCAAGAGAAGCUGGACACGUCAGUGGAUGCACAAACCAAAGCCAUUGCCGUCCGUGACGAGGAAAGCACAUCUGUCGCUGACCGCGUCACUGAAGUCAAGAGCUUCCUCGAGGAGCUCCAAGGAGCCAUCAACACCAAGCUCGACGAGGGCGCUACCGGUGUUGACGGUGUUAGCAAGCUUCUUGAAACCAUGGGCGAGAAGAUCGACAAGAACGAGAACGUUCACCAGGAUCUCAAAGACAUGCUUGAUAUGAUCAAGGCCGAGUUCGAGGACUCCAAGGCUGUUGUGUCUGGCGUCAAGGUUGAGUCUAACGAGAAGCUCCAAGAGGCUACUGAAACUCUCGGCACCAAACUCGACGAGAAGAUUGGUGAGCUCAUUGCCAAGUAUGAGGCCCUCGAGACCACCCUUGACGAACGAAGCAAGGUCAGUGAGGCUCGAGAUGAGGUUAUGGAGGCGGCUCUUGUUGGCUCUAAAUCUGUUACGGAUGAGUUGAAACUCCUCAUUGACACCCUUGGGUCGACCGUCACCGAUUCGCUGGAGAAGAUGGAGGAGGCUUCAAAGACCGUCUUUACCAAGGUGGAGGAGCUCAGCACCCGUACUGAAGAGACCCACACUGAAGACAAGGCCGAGCAUCAACAGACUCGUGACCAGAUCACAGAGGCCCUGACCGCUGUGGAAGGGCUGAAGGGAGACAUCAGCGAGUCACACCCCAAGAUCAUCGAAUCUGUCAAGGAUCUCCUCCUCCUCGUCGGCGAGCACUACGAGCACACCAAAACUUCUACGACUGAGAUUCAAGACAAGAUUCUUGAGCACAAAUCUCCUGCGGAGCUUAUGACGCUUCUGACACUUCUGACGGAUGACAAAUACAACAACACACAAGUUCAUGAGAAGCUCGAUCAACUUAUCGCGCAGAUCUACAACGACUCAGAGGUCAAGGAGCGUCUCGAUAAGAUCAUUGAGGAGAAGUACAACGAUGCUGAAGUUCGUGAGAAGUUGGACAAGAUCAUUGAGUCAAAGUACGAUGAUACCCCAGUUCAUGAGAAACUUGCUACCAUCAUUGAGUCAAAGUACGAUGACACAGCGGUUCGCGAAAAGCUCGACAACAUCAUCGAGUCCAAGUACGACGAUGGUGAGGUGCGUGCAAAGCUUGACAAGAUCAUCGAGGAGAAGUACGACGAUGGUGAGGUGCGUGCAAAGCUUGACAAGAUCAUCGAGGAGAAGUACGACGAUACUCCUGUCAAGGAAAUGCUGGGCACCAUCAUUGAGCAAAAGUACGAUGAUGCUCCUGUCAAGGAGAUGCUGGGUACAAUCAUUGAGGCGAAGUAUGACGACACACCUGUUCGUGACAAGUUGGACCUGAUCAUGGAUUCGAAGUACGACGAUACCAUUGUUCGUGAGAAGCUCGACCUGGUCUUGGAUGGACGGUACGAUGAUGCUGUGGUGCAAGACAAACUUGACAAGCUUGUCGACCACACCGCAGUCGCCGACCAGGCUUUUACUCGUCUCGACACCCUCGACAAAGUUCAUGCGUCGGUUCUCAAGACCGCGUCCGAUAUCUCUGAUUUCCUUCAAUCACAGAAGCGACGCAUUGAGAAGGCUCAUGAGGAUCACAGCAGACAUCUCCAAGAGACCAUGGCAUCCGUCGAGCGUAAGCUCGCCGAGAAGGACCACGUGGAGACCGCAGUCUUGAACCUUCGAGAUGAGGAACUGAGACUCCGUCAGAGUGUUAUGAGCCUUCGAUCGGAGCAGGAGAAUUUAAUCCGCCAAAAGACACGCCUGACUGGUGAUGUCUCAUCACUCGAGACUGCCCUCAGUAUGCGCAAGGAGGAGCUCUAUGACAUGGAGUCUCGUGCGGAGAACUUGGAGCGCCGCAUCCUCGAGGGUGUGAUGGAUCAUUCGCGAGUCCUUCUCAUGUCCAAGGCUAAAAGAAGCGGUAGCGACGCUAUGAGCCGCAAACGAGUCAGAAAGCCUGCCGAGGAGGACUCUCAGCAAGACGGUCGCAAGUCUAUGGUGGGCAUGGCGCUGAAUGCGAAGCGCAACAUGGCCGCCGCUUCCCCAACAGGAGCAGCUCGACGGAUCGUUUCGCUCAGUCAAAUUAACAAUAACGUGGCAAGCGGAGGCGUUAAGCGCAGCCAAAGUGUACGAACUCCCGCUGCUGGUGGUGGUGGUAAAACAUACCGCAAGCGAAGCUGGGGUGGUGGCCUCGAAUUGACCGACAACGACAAGGAAAACUCUGUCAACGAGACCGUCGAAGAGGUUGACGAGGCAGAUGUCAAACCAAGCCUGACCUCAGAAGCCGUAGAGGUCCCUGACGAAGAGACAAUAGUUCUCGAACAAGAAAUAAAUGGUGAGGGUAGUCAACGAGGUGAUAGCGAUAACGAAACGCUAAGACGGAGUAGCAGGGGCACCGUGAUCACAAACAGCACGGAUAUGUACACCGACGGCGACAGCUACAGCGAAUAUAGCUACACCGAGAGCGAGUGGACGGAAAGCAACGUUGGCACCGACAUAGGAUCGGUCCAAGGCAACGAAGUUGCGAUUAUUGGGAACUAA